CUGGCAGAGAGCGCGGGUGGGCGCUCCGGAGGCGUGUCUGUGAGCGUCUCUGGCCACUCCUCUUUUCCAGAGUCCUGCCUCUCUUCCUAGCGCGGCCGCGGCCCCGAGCCCACGCAGGAUCAUGGCGACUGCUGAGGUACUGAACAUUGGUAAAAAACUCUAUGAGGGUAAAACAAAAGAAGUCUAUGAAUUGUUAGAUAGUCCAGGAAAAGUCCUCCUGCAGUCCAAGGACCAGAUUACAGCAGGAAAUGCAGCCAGAAAGAAUCACCUGGAAGGAAAAGCUGCAAUCUCAAAUAAAAUUACCAGUUGUAUUUUUCAGUUGUUACAGGAAGCGGGCAUCAAAACUGCUUUCACCAGAAAAUGUGGGGAGACGGCUUUCAUUGCACCUAAGUGUGAAAUGAUUCCAAUUGAAUGGGUUUGUAGAAGAAUAGCAACUGGUUCUUUUGUCAAAAGAAAUCCUGGUGUCAAGGAAGGAUAUAAGUUUUACCCACCUAAAGUGGAGAUGUUUUUCAAGGAUGAUGCCAAUAAUGAUCCACAGUGGUCUGAGGAACAGCUAAUUGCUGCAAAAUUUUGCUUUGCUGGACUUAUUAUAGGCCAAACUGAAGUGGAUAUCAUGAGUCAUGCUACACAGGCUAUUUUUGAAAUACUGGAGAAAUCCUGGUUGCCCCAGAACUGUACUCUGGUCGAUAUGAAGAUUGAAUUUGGUGUUGAUGUAACCACCAAAGAAAUUGUGCUUGCUGAUGUUAUUGAUAAUGAUUCCUGGAGACUCUGGCCAUCAGGAGAUCGAAGCCAACAGAAAGACAAACAGUCAUAUCGUGAUCUCAAGGAAGUAACUCCUGAAGGGCUCCAGAUGGUAAAGAAAAAUUUUGAGUGGGUUGCAGAAAGAGUAGAGUUGCUUCUGAAACCAGAAAGUCAGUGCAGAGUUGUAGUCUUGAUGGGCUCAACUUCUGAUCUUGGUCACUGUGAAAAGAUCAAGAAGGCUUGUGGAAAUUUUGGCAUUCCAUGUGAACUUCGGAUAACAUCUGCCCAUAAAGGGCCAGAUGAAACUCUGAGGAUUAAAGCUGAGUAUGAAGGGGAUAGCAUUCCCACUGUGUUUGUGGCAGUGGCAGGCAGAAGCAAUGGUUUAGGACCGGUGAUGUCGGGUAACACUGCAUAUCCAGUUAUCAGCUGUCCUCCCCUCACUCCAGACUGGGGAGCUCAGGAUGUAUGGUCUUCUCUUCGACUACCCAGUGGUCUUGGCUGUUCAACCAUACUUUCUCCAGAAGGAUCAGCUCAGUUUGCUGCUCAGAUAUUUGGAUUAAACAACCAUUUGGUGUGGGCCAAACUGCGAGCAAGUAUAUUGAACACAUGGAUUUCCUUGAAGCAGGCUGACAAGAAAAUCAGAGAGGACAACUUAUAAGAAAGAACAUCAUUGCAUUUUUUAGGCGAAAAACUAUAAAUUUCUAGUUUAGCUACAGGAAAAAAAAUCAAGAAGAUGAAAAGAUUUUAAAUCAGAGCAAACAAAAUUUAUUAUUAGAUAAAUAUUUCUCUAGAUUCAUGGGUUAGUAGAAUAUAUGUACAAAUUUAUUAACAUUUCUUUAUAAGUAGUGAAAUUAUUCCAGUGGU